UUAUUGAUGUUUUGACACUUCAUACAUACUUAGUACCCUCAUUACAAAAUUGUGUCGUCGCAAGAGAGUGAACUGAUUUUUAGAUCUACAUGUUCUAUAUUUUUUCUUUCGCCAUGAUUUGAUCUACACGCUUCUCUUCUUCGUUGUUAUUUAGAAAUCCAGCCUCCGCAUCAUUGACACAGAUGACUCACACCUGCACUUGGAAGAGACAAUUAUGUUGUGAUUAUAUCAUAAAUUUGACGAAAUAAAGAUAUAAUUACAACAGUUAGAUUGAAAGAUGGCACAGGAGGAGGUGGUUCUGAAUGUGUAUGAUAUGUACUGGAUCAAUGAGUAUACAUCAAACCUAGGAUUUGGAGUGUUUCACUCAGGGGUACAGGUUUAUGGAAUAGAGUAUGCUUAUGGUGGUCAUCCAUUCCCAGUGACUGGAGUGUUCGAGAUAAUGCCAAAAGAUGCAGAGGACUUGGGGGAGCAAUUCAAAUUCAAAGAGUCAAUAAGAAUCGGAACAACAGACUUCACCCCAGAUGAUGUGAGGAAAAUUGUGGAUCAGCUGGGAAAAGAUUUCAAGGGGGAUCAGUACCACCUUCUAAACAAGAACUGUAAUCACUUCACCGCAUCACUAACACAGAUAUUGUGUGGAAAGAGCCCACCUAGCUGGGUAAAUAGACUGGCUUAUGUGAGCACAUGCAUUCCUUUUCUUGAGCGUGCUUUACCCAAGGAAUGGUUGACCCCUAUAGCCUUACAGCAAGCAAUCCAAGAACCCAUCGUACGGGAACAUGACCCAAGGGGUGCUUCAGGGCGAAGUGAAAGAGAUGGGGCGUUUCAUAUACAUAGCAGACGUAACUAGUGUACAGAGUGUCAAAAAUCUUUUUUUCAGUAUUGAUGUAUAUGUGAAAAUGGAUGUGCAUGGGUAUGAGUGAAAAGUGAUUUAGAAUUACAUGUAUGGUAGAUGAGAUAUAAUUUUUUGUUUUGUUUUAUACCUGUAUAAAAAUAUUUAUUAUAUUUUAUUGUCAAGAAAUUUUAUGUGUGAUUGCAAAGAAUUUUAAAUUUGUGAAUGUUUUGUUUGUUAUAUUUCAAAUAAUAGUGCAGGGAACUGUCUUUUUGGCAGAUCUUAUGUUUAAAGACAUGCCGUGUCAGUCAUUGUGAAUAUUUGUUAUAUUUGCUCAGAUAUCCAAUGUGCUUGAUGACAACUAGAAGAUACAUAAUUAAUUUUUGUGUUGCAUUCAUUGGAUAAAAAACUAUCUGGAAAUUUGUAUAAUGUUGUACAAUUGUAAAAUCAUUUUUAUACCAUUGAAUUCAUGCAGUGUUGCAAAUAUGGCAUGCAUUGCUGUUCCUGUAUUAAAAUAUGCCUCCGACUACUUGAAAAUGUUACUGGUUAUGAAGGGUUCCUCUCCUGUGUCUUAUCACAAAUACUUGGAGCUGCCUUUACUCAGUUAUUUUUAAACAGGGUACCUUGCCUGAAUAUCAUAAAAGCAUUGUAUAUAAUAGACAAUGGUGGAUAGAUUUGUAAUUUAGUUUAUACAUAAAAAAAACAGUUUUAAUUGUUGAUUAGGCCAGAGAUUUUUUCUCAGACAUUAAACCAUAAACAUAUUAAAAUUUUGAGUUCCAUUCAGUCUGUAGAUAUAUUACAUUGUACUAAAGAAGAACUUCAUGCACAUAAUGUGAUGCAAAAUUAUUGUGACAUCAUUCUUGAAUCCAUUUACCUAAUAUAGUAUUUGAAAUAAAUUUUGUUACAGUUC